UUCCGCAUUCAUCAAAUUAUCUGCUAAUGAGUAGAAUUUUACUGUUGACAUGCUGUCGAAGCUUGGCUGUAAAUCAGAUGCGAAAUAUUGGAUGCAAAUGCGGGUGUAUUGAUUUCAGUAUAGGCGAAUCAAUUGAGGAUUAAGAGUUCGGAAUUAUUUCAGUACCAUCAUUUGUAGCUCUGCUUCGAAAUGCCGUUUGGAUAUCUCUUCCGGAGAACAUGGUCAUCCACAGACAGACUUGAUGGCAAAACAGUGCUCAUAACUGGAGCCAACACUGGUAUUGGCAAAGAGACAGCGCUGGACCUGGCAAAGAGAGGGGCCAGGAUAAUCAUGGCCUGCAGAGACAUGGAGAAAGCAGAGGGGGCCCUGAAAGAAGUCAUAGAAGGCUCUGGCAGCCAAAAUGUUGUCAUCAAGAAGCUUGAUUUGUCAGACACCAAGUCCAUCCGCCAGUUUGCAGAGACCAUUAACAAGGAAAGGAGACAACUCAACAUCCUCAUCAACAAUGCUGGCGUCAUGGUGUGUCCGCAUGGGAAAACAGCUGAUGGAUUUGAAAUGCAGAUUGGCGUCAACCACAUGGGUCACUUCCUGUUGACCCACUUAUUGGUUGACCUGAUCAAAAGGUCGACCCCGGCCAGGAUCAUCAAUGUGUCCUCCAUGGCUCAUUCCUGGGGCACCAUCAACCUGGACGACAUCAACAGUGAGAAGGGCUAUGACAAGAAGAAAGCGUACAGCCAGAGCAAGCUAGCCAAUGUCCUUUUCACCCGCUCCCUGGCCAAGAAGCUACAAGGCACUGGUGUGACUGCAUACUCCCUCCACCCUGGCGUGGUUCAGACUGACCUGUGGCGGCACCUGAGCGCACCUCAGGCAGCUAUCAUGAAGAUGAUCAGUCCCUUCACCAAGACAUCCGUGCAAGGAGCUCAGACCACUAUCUACUGUGCUGUGGCACCUGAACUGGAAACCGAGAGUGGUGGAUAUUACAGUGACUGUGCACCAGCCAACUGCUCAAGCUCUGCUUCAGACGAUGACACGGCCCAGAAACUGUGGGAGCUAAGCUGCCGGAUGCUUUCUCUGUCAUGGGAUUGAAUAACUCUGAAAAGGUGUAUGGUUUACAUUUUGAGAUGUAUGAGCACUGAAGAAUACAACAAAUGUACAGCAUCUUAAAUGAAAGUCCUUUGUCCCACGCAAAGCACCAUCACACCUCAUCCAUACUUCAUGGUGAGAACCACACAUGAGAUUAUUCACCUACUCUUGUGUUUCACAAAGACCUGGCAGUUGGAACCAAAAAUCUCAAAUUUGGACUCAUCAGACCAAAGGACAGAUUUCCACUGGUCUAAUGUCCAUUGCUGGUGUUUCUUGGCCCAAGCAAGUCUCUUUUUAUUAUUGGUUUCUUUGCAGCAAUUUGACCAUGGCCUGAUUCACACCGUAUCCUCUGAACAGUUGAUUUGGAGAUGUGUCUGUUACUGAGGUGCAGUUAACUCUAAUGAAAUUAUUCUCUGUAGCAGAGGUAACUCUGGGUCUUCCUUUCCUGUGGCGGUCCUCAUGAGAGCCAGUUUCAUCAUUGCGCUUUAUGGUUUAUGCGACUGCACAUUAAGACAUUUUAAAAGUUCUUGAAAUGUUCAGAAUUGACUGACCUUCAUGUCUUAAAGUAAUGAUGGACUGUCAUUUCACUUUGCUUAUUUGAGCUGUUCUUGCCGUAAUAUGGACUUGGUCUUUUACCAAAUAGGGCUAUUUUCUGUAUACCACCCUACCUUGUCACAACACAACUGAUUGGUUCAAACGCAGUAAGAAGAAAAUAAAUUCCACAAAUGAACUUUUAACAAGGCACACCUGUUAAUUGAAAUGCAUUCCAGGUGACUACCCCAUGAAGCUGGUUGAGAGAAUGUGAAAAGCUGUCAUCAAGGCAAAGGGUGGCUACUUUGGACAAUAUCAAAUCAAAAAAUACAUUUUGAUUUGUUUAACACUUUUUUGGUUGCUACAUAAUUCCAUGUGUGUCAUUUCAUAUGUCUUCACUAUUAUUCUACAAUGUAGAAAAUAGUAAAACAAUUAAGAAAAACCCUGGAAUGAGUAGGUGUGUCCAAACUUUUUAAUGGUACUGUAUACCCAAUAUAACUUGAAUGCCUAAUGAGCUCAGUUCAACUGCCGAACACCCGGCAAAACCAAAAAUAUGAGAUUGUUUUACUCUAAUGCUUGUAAACAAUGUAAUUUUUAACAAACACUGUAUAGCCUCAAACCAUGGUUAAAACUAUAAUAUUGAUACUAUGGGUGGUCAGUCCUUGCAAAUAGCUCUGAAUUUGAGAAUGGUGACAUUAACCCAGCCCCAUCCCUCAGCUCUUUACUAAAUCAGUGGCGGGAUUGUUGCUUUCUUACUGUUUCAAAUAGACUUCCCCUUUAGGGGUAUUUACCUACUUCGGAUUUCAUAAUGAGUUUCCACUGUAUAGUGGCUUUCAAAUAAUAUUUUAUACGUUUUUAAAAAAAAACAUUCUAACUAAAACAGUUUUCUAAAAUGAUGCAAUAAUUUUUCUAAACACUUACAAUUACAAAGGGCUGCCUUUAGCAUCAUGUCAUUUCCUUGUUAAAUGUGGUCUAUUUUUCUAUUAUGACAGAGCAUUAAAAUAUCUAUGUACCAGGA